AUGUUUAGUGUACUGAAGAGAUUCUUAUCUAAGAACUCAAAGACUUCCAUUGAUAAAUUCUUCCCUGAGACUCCCAAGAGGAAAGUCAAGGAAUGGGAAAAACGUGGAGUUGAUAAAGAUGAAUUUUUCAGGAGAAAAUAUAGUUUUAUGAAGGAUGAAUCGAAAGUGCUGCUAAAAAAGAAGAUUGAUAGAGAAAAACGGUAUAAGGAUUUGAAGAGUUCUACAAGACGUGAGGAUAGAUAUGGUGACAGCAGAUAUGGUAAUGAUAGAUAUAGUAACAACAGAUAUGGUAAUGAUAGAUUCAACAAUGAUGUAGAUAGAGAUCCAUUGAAUAAAUCGAGUUUUUAUGAAUAUGUUUAUGGUACUCACUCAGUAUUAUCAGCUUUGAAAGCACAAAAAAGAUACCUGUAUAACAGACUUUUCAUGUAUAAUCCUAAAGAGAAAGCUGAAGAAAUCAAUAAGUAUGCCAAAAAGUAUGGAAUCAAGAUAGAACAAAGAACUAGUAAGAAUGAUUUGAAUAUUCUUACAAAUAAUGCUGUACAUAAUGGAGUUGUUCUUGAAACCAGAAAGCUUCAAGUCCCUGAUUUGCUCAGUCUUGGAGAUGUUAAUACCGAAGACAAUACUUACGAAAUGACUAUCAUGAAUGAUGAAUCUAAAGAAUCAGUAGAUAAAUCCGUAGUGAGACAAUCCAAAGGUUACCCAUUUGCGCUUUAUUUGGAUGAAAUUACCGAUCCCCAAAAUAUUGGUGCCAUAAUACGUUCAGCAUUUUACUUGGGUGUUGAUUUCAUCAUUACUCCUGAUCAUAAUACUGCCAAAUUGGGUCCAGCAGCAUCUAAAGCUAGUGCGGGAGCUUUAGACCUCAUGGAUAUCUAUCAAGUAUCCUCACCCUUAAAGUUCCUUAGAAAUGUCGCUGAACAAACCCCAUGGAGAAUAGUAUCUACUGAUUUAAAACCCGGUGAUAAAAAUAUCGAUAUAAAUUCCUUAUCUACCAUUCUUGAAGAAUCCCCUAUUAUUCUUGUUUUGGGUAGCGAAGGUGAAGGUGUUAGAGCCAAUAUCAAAAACUUAUCUGAUUUUAUUGUUAAGAUCAAUAAGAAUCGUUCCGGUGAUUCCAUUGUUGAUUCUAUGAAUGUCAAUGCAGCAACAUCGGUUUUACUUUCAAAGUUUUUAGUGUAA